AUGACUUCACCGAAGACGUGGUCCAGGUUCACGAGCACACGUUCGCACCGAAUGCGUGACGGCACCACGCUCAGGAAGACAGAGCCCGUAAAAGGCAGCGCCCUUGCUGAACGUAACGCGCAGCCCGUCGUGGAUUGCGCGAAAGCGAAUAAGCUGGCACGGAGAUCUCCCAGAGAUGCGGGUGUUCGUGGAAUCUCCGAGCAGUGGGCUGCCAUAUGUAUCAUGAUCGUGGAGGAUAUAAGCGCCCGAAGUGGGCCACUUCUGCGAUGGAUAGCAUUCCCGCAGCGUGAUUGGACGUCGAGCGUUCCUGCAGACACAGGCUCGGAGCAUGUGGGCCGAGUGCAAACGGAAGCCACAAGGAUGAGCCCGAAGCAUGCAUCGGUGAACGGGGCGGAGUUGCCUUUCCGGGAGGCAAUUCGAGAGCCAAAAGAGGCCAAGAACUCAUUUUAUGACGCGCCGCCGAGAGACAGAAACUUCAAAAACGCGGUCACCAGGGCUCGCGUCAAAUGGACGGGCACUGCGAGUUUGAUUGACAAAGGUCGCCGCUCCGCACAGACAGAGACAGAAGCCAGACCAGACCAACAUGAAACGGGCCGACCACGCAAAAAUGGACGCAGGGAUCGGGCUCAAGGUGGAAACCGUGGAAGGAGAUACCAUGGACGGGCGACGUUCCGGCGCAUCGCUCUUCGCCCAGAGCUCUCAGCGUGUCGCAUCGCAAGAUGUCGGAGAGGGAAGCUGAAGCCGUGCGUGUUCUGUGCCAAAGUGCCGCCGCGCCGUAUGCCCUCGGAUCAGGACGAGCUGUGGACGCUCUCGGCGCUUGCUUCAAUUGAGCUGCAACGCCGUUCUGGCCUGAUGAGUCAUAACAGGCGUGACAUGUCGGGUAAAUCCAGCAGGCGGCGUAUUUGGAAAAGGAUUGCCAAAUAUAGUAAUUUCGGACGAAAGGGCGCAGUUAGUUGCCCAGCAACACAGGAAUCUGGAGAUAGAGACGCAGUGGGGACUGCCGUAGAUGGGACAAAUUUUAGCUUCAAGACUGUCUGGGAGAAGGGCAAAGAACUUUUCGGCGUGAAAGGAAAGGACGAAGUAAGAAGGAGCAAGCACGGGAACGAUCACAAACUGACAGCACAGAGGGCUGCUAAGUGGGUAAAGGGGGUGAAAUAA